UGCAAAUAAAGCCACCCCCACCACACACCACACACCACCACCGCUCUGUCCCCCGCGCCGAUCGAGCACCAUACGAGGAGGAGAGGAGAGGCCCAUGGAGGCGCGCUCACCUGCCCCGCUUCCUCAAAUGGCCGGCGCCGCCAAGACUAUAUCCUGCGCCCGUAUGAGCAGUGCUCGCGGUUAGGUGCGCGCGCGCGUGCUCGGAGCGGGCUCACGUACGUGCACACUCGUCGGCGUCUUUACGAACGUUCGGUCAUCAUGGCCGGGAUGUUGCCCGGGGUGGAGUGCGCGCGGCGGCGGCGGAUGUGGCAGGGCGGGGGCGCCGGGGCGGACCAGGCGGCCGCGGGCACCAGGCGGCUCUCCUUCUGCCUCUACGCGGCCGGGCACGGCGCCGCUCACGCCGUGGGCACCGGAAAUUCCGGCAAUAAGCAGAGGAGCGGCGCCAUGGACGGGUGGGCGCUGGACAGCAAUGCCCGGGAGGCCAAGGAGCGGCUGGACCAGAAGCUCAAGAGCAAGAGCACCGGGCCCGACACCGUCAUCAAGAGGCAUCACAGCACGGGGAGCAUAAAGCUGAGCAGAGCAAACGGAAGCGGCGGCGGCGGUGGCGGAGGGGGCUCGUCGGCGGCGGUGGCGACGGGCGUGCAGCGGGAGGUGUACUCGAAGAAGGGCGUGAUGCGGCGGCUGAUGAGGUGGAGCCGGCUGCGGUGGGAGGCCGCGGAGCAGGCGGAGUGCGCGGUGUGCCUGGAGGAGUUCGCCGCGGGCGACGUCCUGGCGCACCUGCCGUGCGGCCACCGCUUCCACUGGGGCUGCGCGCUGCCCUGGCUCGAGGGCGCCGCCGCCGCCUCGCACUCCUGCCCGUUCUGCCGCGCCGCGGUCGACGCCGGCGCGCACGCCGCCUCCUAGCGACAGCAACACCCCGCCGGGCCAUCGGUUCGACGCCCACCGCGCCCGCGCGCACGCCAAGAAACUUGGGAAUGCGUAGGGAGAGAAGACGGCCGUGAAAGAAAUCCUCGCGGUCGCCGAGUUGCAUGGUUUUGGGCGCGUCGGCGCGUGGUCCGGUUCUGCCAUUUCAGUUUUCCCGGCGAGCGGUGGCUGAUGAGGUUGUGUUUGGCGGGCAUGUACAUGCAGCGGUUGUCGGUUGGCAAUGUCAGUCCGAUGUGUUACACCAUCAUCCUCUGGUCAAGGGGAAAAACUGUAUAUUAAGAGCUUAGUUGUAGCAAGGGUGGGACUUUGUGCAUCAGCAUCAGCUGUUGAAACUGAAGAAGGCGUGGCUGCCGCUGAACCUGACCAAACUGAAGAAGGCGUGGCUGCUACUGAACCUAACAAAACUGACGAAGUUGCGGUUGUUA